UCUGAAGCUGAAACUGAAACCCAUUGAAGCCAGCGUGGUUGGCUCACCUCCUCGCCUUUUCUCUCUCUCUCUCUCUCUCUCUCUCUCUCUCUCUCUCUCUCUUGUCACUGGUUCACCGGAGCUACCUCCUCGCCUUUCCUCUCUCUUGGUCACUGGUUCACCGGAGCUACCUCCUCUCCUUUCCUCUCUCUCUCAGCUGUCCUGUUCCUGUUCGCAUUGGUUUCAGAAAUUUCUUCGUUCCCUUUUUCCAAAUUUUAUUUAUAUUCUGUUAUCACAUGGUUAUGAACUUACUGUCCCGUGAUCCUCCAAAAUUAUUUGACAUUGAAUAAAAUUACUCAUAGAAAUUUAUAUUAAUUAUAGAUUAAUUAAAAAUAUGAAAGUUUUCUUGAAGAUGCAUCAUAUGCAUGUAACUGAUCAAUAUAUACAUCACUCUUCCCUAUGUGAAAACUGAUUAAGUAGAUCGAUGUCUAUAUAUUUAUACUUAAGAGUUGAUUAGAGCUGUCAUAUUAUAUGGUUUGAAAACUGCAUGUUUGUAUAUAUAAUUAAUCUACUUACAUAAUAUAUAUGUACAUAAUAGAAAAGUAACAUGUUACUUUAUUUUCUCAUUUUUUAACUCUUUUAUGAAUUUCUCCCAUAAAAUAACUAUAUGUAUUUUAAAAAAUACUUUUGUUCAAAUUGUAUAUGUAAUUUUAGGUACUUUUACAAUACACCUCUUUAUAAAAAAAAAAAAAAAUAACAUUCAAGAGAAUUUUUAGUUUAAUUUAUUUUAUAGUUGUGGAAAUAAUAAUUAUUAAAACAUCUUAUAAAAUUUUAAAAAAUGUUGAAUUAAUUUAUUUACACAUUGUAUAAAAUAAAAGAGUCCAGACUAGUAAAAAGAUAAAAGUAUAAGGUUUAUUAUGUAAUUUCAAUUUGUUUCCCUAUUAGCCCUCUCCAUCUCAUUCUUGAGCCUCCGCCUCUCGCUCUCUGUCGUAUCAGCUCUCACAAUUUUUCCGACGCAAUCUCUGUUGGAGUAUCUGAACUGAACCACUUCUUUCUGCCUCACCUAUUACUACUACUGCUCCAAGAUGAGAAUUAAGAAACGAAAGCGUCAGAACAGGGCAGUGAAGUUCUACACUGCUUGCUGUGGUUUCAGAAAGCCCUUCAGAGUAUUCUGCUGUGGCACAUUUGUGCACCACUUGGUUGAUAAUCACAUUACCCCCGCUGACCAAGUUAUCUCUGAACUUCUUGGUUCUCCAGUCAAGCUUUUCACUACCAGGUGUAUUAUUGAAGAGUUGAAAAGGCUUGGUCCAUCUUAUACUGAGGCUCUUGAAGCAGCUCGUAGCCUCAUAACGGCAAGAUGUCCACAUGAAGAAUUGAAGGGUGGUGAUGCUUGCAUUGCUGAUAUAAUUGGCAAAACUAAUGCUGAGCACUUCUUUCUUGCUACUACGGAUUAUGGGUUGCGAGAGAAAUUCAGGGAGAUACCCAAUACUCCUAUAAUAUAUGCAUCACGAAAUGCUGUAUUGCUAGAAUCGCCAUCGCCUUUUCAACGGUCUUACAUUAAAAAACUGGAAGAGGAGCGUUCUCACAUGAGUUUAUUGGAGCUAAAGAUCUUGGCUAAUAAGGGGAUUUCUAAAGAAGAAACAGAAGAUGAGCAAACUGUUAGAAGGAAGAAUGUCCACAAGGGAUUGGAGAUGAAGGAUAAAGUUCAGUUCAAAAGAAAUAGAGCAAAGGGUCCAAAUCCACUUUCAUGUUUGAAGAAAAAGAAGCCUGAUAAUGCAGAUACUCAACAAAAGAAGGAUGGAAAUGGGAAUAGUGAUUCUUCUAAAAAGAGAAAUAGAAAGCGCAAGAGGUCAAAGACAAACCAAAAGAAGGAGGCUUCGGAGAACUAGAGUACCAAAAUCCCCAAGUCUUUCAAAUGAUUCUUUAAUUUUGUAGUUUUAAAAGAAAAUUUAGGAAAAUAGACGCCAUACAUUGCAUAUGAAUUCCCUAAUUGAGGGCUGGCAAAAUGAGGAACAAUUUUACAGAUGUUAUAACUGUUUUUCGACUUCCAUUGUGUUUCAUUGCAAUUUUGUUCUCCUAAUAGAAGAGAUUCUGUAUAGAAA